AUGUUUAAAGCAGCAGUAGAAGCAACAGUUGGCAAACAGAAUCAUCAACACCACCAUACACUCAUCAGAAUGUGUGAGACACGUUGGAUCGAUAAACAAUCGGCUAUUAUUAUAUUUAGACAACUGUUUGGUUCUAUUCUAAUUGUUCUCGAGUACUUAUCUAUUCAUGGUGAUAGUGAAACAUCAGCUCUUUCUGGUGCAUAUCACGAAUCAAUCUCAUCGAACAUUGAGUUUAUUACGUCACUUAUCGUUGUUUCUCGUGUCCUCGCGCUUACGAAACCAUAUACUGAAAGUCUACAAUCACCAACAUGUGAUCUCGUACAAUGCUACGACAAGAUCCAAGAAUUGGCAUUGUAUUUAACUGAACUCUUGAAUGAUGAUAAUAUGGAUAAAUUACACGACGAUUUAAUUCAAUUUGCUGCUCAACAUGAUAUUCCAUUUGUACUUUCGCGUCGAAAGAAAAUAAUACCACGUGCAUUCUUCGAAUCAAUUCAUCAAGCUUUUAUUUCGAGCACAGUCGAUGAAUUGGGUCCACGAUUUUCUACACAUCAGAAGCUUGCCGUAAAAAUCUCCAAAUUAAUGGCUCUUCAUGUCAAGGAAAUCGAAUUCGCCGAUUUGAAGGAUACAUUCGAAUUUUACAAAAGAUCUGCUGUCGGACAACUUUGUUGUGCUCGAAAGUGA